AUGGCGACCACGACAUUUACGAACGCGCAUCAAGUGCACACCGCAAACAGCACAGAUUCUGAUCGGAUUGACAAGGAGCCGCGACUCACUCACACGUCGACCAACAUCUCUCUUAGUCCAGAGCUGUUCGAGAAGUUGUAUCUGGCUCCCAAGACACCGCAUGCAAAUGAACGCGCCCAACAGUAUGCCAAUGCGGCUCCCUUAGGCUUCCUAGGAUUCGUCAUCUCAACCUUUACCUUUUCCAUGGUAUUGAUGGGUUGGGGUGGUGCUUCCGGUCUCCAGGCCGUUGCUGGCAUCUUUUUCUUCACCGGCCCCUUGCUCCUCACUCUCGCUACGAUCUUCCUCUGGAUACAAGCGCAGUUCUUCUCGAUGAUGGUCUGUGGUCUCUUUUCAGUCUUCUGGCUCUCCUUUGGCAUGCUGCAGCUACCUACGCUCGGUCUUGCAGCGACCUACUCUGCAACUGGCGAUGCAGCAGCAGGGGCGGUGAGUAAGGAGAUGAAUGCCGUCAUCGCAUUGUAUCUGCUUGUUUGGGGAUUCGCAUUAGGUACAUUUUGGCUUUUCACGAUCAGGAUCAACUUAGUGUUUGCCGGUAUCUUUGGAUUCGUGACAGUGGGUGUCUGGGUGUUGAGCGGGGCUUACUGGGCGUUGAGCAAUGGGAAUUUUGACAAGGCGCUGAAGCUGCAGAAGGCUGGCGGCGCACUUUUGUUCAUAGUGGGGUUCUUAGGCUGGUAUAUGCUCUUCGUCAUUAUGGCUGCAGAGAUGCGCUGGUCCGUUUGCCCACCGGUUGGAGAUCUUAGUAAAUACUGGGCGAAGACGGAUGUUGAGAUUGGUGCGAACGCAAGUGAGAAGAAGGAUUGA